AUACGACCAAUAUUCGUGUCUCACUCUCACUUACGCUCCCGUCGCACAGCACAUCCGAGGAUAAACAAGCAAGGCAUUCAAUCCCCUAAGCACAUGGGCUCUCACUUAUAGGCCUGCAGCCAUCUCAGAGAUUCGGCGGCAAAGUACCACAAAGAUGAACGGCAUCCUCCACCGCUACACUCCCCGUCUCGUCGCUUUCGAGCACAUCCCUCCCAAUCUCUCCUCCAACUCCAACCCCUCACCAGCCACCGCUACACCCAAAAACUUCAUCCUCUUCAUCGGCGGCCUCGGCGACGGCCUCUUAACCAUCUCAUACCCAUCCACUCUCGCCCACCACGUCCCCACGGACUGGACCGUCGUCGAAGUCCUGACGAGCUCGAGCUAUAAGGGCUGGGGAACGGGGAGUCUGGACAGAGAUGUGAGAGAGUUGGGACGGUGUGUGGGGUAUUUUCGGGACGUGCAGGCAGGGACGGAGAAUGGAGGGAAAGGAGGGAAAAUUGUGCUGAUGGGUCACUCCACCGGAUGUCAAGAUAUUAUGGCCUACCUCACCUCCUCCUCCCCCUCCUCCUCCUCCUCUCAUCCCCGUCCAGCAAUUGACGGCGCGAUCCUCCAAGGUGCCGUCAGCGAUCGCGAAGGCAUCAAAGCCGCCAUCUCCCCAGAUACAUACUCCACCAUCGUCACACUAGCCAGAUCCUAUAUCUCCCAAAACAAAGCUUCCGACAUCCUCCCCCAAAAUCCCCUCAGUAAACUCUUCGGCGCAAGCAUGACUCCCACCCGUGCACUUUCACUUCUCUCUCCUGAUCACGACGGCGACGACGACUAUUUUAGCUCAGAUCUUAGUGAAGCCCAGAUCGCCGAGACAUUUGGUAGGAUUCCGGCGCGUACGCCGGCCAUGUUUUUGUUGAGUGGCGAGGAUCAGUUUACCCCGGGUUUUGUAGAUAAAGCGGCAUUGCUGACAAGGUGGACAGAGAUGGUGAGGAAAGGGGGUGGGGUUGUGGAUAGCGUGAACGGAGGCGUGGUGAGAGGAGCGAGUCAUAAUUUGAAUGGGGAUGGGGAGGAUGUUGUUAUGGAUCUUGUGGGCAGGGUUGUGCGGUUUGUGAAUGGUCUAGAAUUAGGGGAGAUCGGGAAGGUGGGGGGUGGUGGGAGAUUGUAAGUUUUCAAUAGGAUUCAAAGAAUUUGAGAACGAGUUUACUUUUUCACAAGGGAGAUGAUGAGAGUGAAGUCAAGCAUAAGAAGGAGAACAAGAAGAUGACGAAGGGACUUAUCACAGAAGUUGAGGAGCAUAGGUAUGAAAAGACCGGUAUGUAUGAGGAUGGGGAUGUGGAGAUUGAGAUAGAGCAGGUAAAAAUCAACUGGAAGAAGGAAGAUGACCAGGAAGAGGGGGUCUUUGGUUGCAUGAAGGCUGGUUGGCUUGUUUGAAAUGGUGUUCGGUGACUCUUACGUAUCGCAUGCGCUAUUCUGCGGAGCUACUUCACGCCAGCCAAGAGCGCAGAGCUUGGCGGCUGUAAAAAGAUGGGAGAGCAGGCAGUCUGGUGAAGCGAAUUCCUGAGGAGCCAAUGUACAAUAUAGCGUAGUAGCUA